AAGAUAACUAGUGAUUAGCGGGAUACGACGCUGGUACACGGAGGAAGACGAGGAACACACUCUGCUAUGAGAAGUUCAUGGAGCCGGCUCAAAUUUGGGUAUAAAAAGCUUCACUCCUGACAGGAUGGGUGAGCAAAAGAUCUUUGUGAAGCUCAGUGACGAGAAACAUAUUCCAAAGGCUGACAUUUUGUCUCUACUGAGGACCUACAACUGCUACCACGAAGGGAAAAACUUCCAGCUGCGGAUGCGUGAGGAUAAUGGAGGGCUUGUCCUCGAGGGGCUGCUGAACAUCCAUUGGGGUCUACGUCGACCAAUCAGACUUCAGAUGUACGACGGCAAUGAAAGACUCCGUUUCAACCGAAAUGAUACUGUGGCAUCUGCAGAGUGGAACAAUAAUUCACUGGGCAGAGAAAGUGGACCAGGAAGUGGUGACAUGGGUUGUCAGGAGGAGGAGGAGGAAGAGGAGGAUUCUCCUCAGCUGCUAAGGACCAGGAGUGAUGCGUCUUUCAUGCGAGUUCAGAGGAGGUCAAAGACACACACUGCCAGAGACCUGCAGCGCUUGCGCACACACAGGUUCUCAAUCAACGGCCACUUCUACAAUCACAAGACGUCUGUAUUUACACCGGCCUAUGGUUCGGUCACCAACGUACGAGUAAACAGCACCAUGACGACUGAACAGAUCCUGAACCUGCUGCUGCACAAGUUCAGGGUGGAGAAUAAAUCUGAAGAGUUUGUCCUUUAUAUGGUGCAUGAGUCUGGUGAGAGGACCUGUCUGAGGGAGGGUGAUUACCCUCUGGUGGCUCGGGUCCUUUAUGGACCCUGUGAGAAAAUCUCCAAGAUCUUCAUCAUGGAGGCUGACCUGGGAGAGGAAGUUACAUAUGAUGUUGCCCAGUACAUUAAGUUUGAGAUCCCUGUCUUAGACAGUUUUGUAGAGAAGCUUAAAGAGGAAGAGGAGCGUGAGAUAAACAAACUGACCAAAAAGUACACAGCUCUGAAAUCUGUGAUUCUACAUCAGCUUGAAGACAGAGCUCAUACCAGCGACAGAGCAUAGUGUGUUUGUGUGUGUGUGUGUGUGUGUGCGUGUGCGUGUGCACGCGUGUGUGUGUGUGUGUGCAUCAGGGAUGCUUCAGGAUUGUUGAUGUACAAUGGGAACAUUUACUGUUGUUUACUGUUGUAAAAGGGUAAAGGUUAAGGUUCAACAGAACCACAAACACCAAUGUGCUACUACUUUUUAGAAUGAUAUAAAUACAUAUCUCUCUGUUAAUGCUAUUAAUAGUAACGUUUCUCUGUUUGAUAAAUCUGCCUUGUUAACGUAUUCACAUUUUGUAUAAGAUCUCCUUUAGAAAUAUGAAUAUUUAUACAUAUUUUUUUGGUAAUGUUUUUUGCUGACUUAAACCUUUUUAUGUAAUAAAUCAGUUGUAAUGUGGCCUUCUGCUGCUGUAUCUCUGCUGACACCAAACAUAAAACCCAGCUCAGUCUUCCCACAAGUAAUCUUUAUUAUUUCCUGAACUUCCACAGUGGCUGGAGCUCAGAUUAGCAUUGUUCUUGUGACCCUCUGUGCCAGCCUGUUCCCAUGAGCUGUGCGUGCGGCCUGUACGUGCAUGUGUGUGGCUGAUUUAAACUGUGUUGAACUUGCCCUGGUGUGAGCCUCUUAAACAAGCCACCAGACUGUAAACAAGCAAUGUGCGACGGGGUGCUAAGCUGUCUAAUGCAGGCACAAGCACAGAGGAUCACAAUUAGGCUGAACUAAUGACAUCUACAACAAGAGAUGGUGUUGUUAUGGCAUUAGAAAUAUUGCAAAGGCUUGUAAAGGUACACAGGACACCGAAUACAGGGUCAGAUUAUCAUUGACCAUAUCUACAGUACAUGCCAAAAUGUGAUUUGCAGAUUAGCUUGCCUCAGUUUGAAAUGAGUGUUUCCCGAUACAGAGAGUACUGGUACACGGUCUGUUGGGAAAUGUCCCUGUUAUGGGGAAACACAUGUCAGGAACAGAAACUGCAGCUACACCAGCUACUGUUUGAUGCACACAUGUUACAGGAUAUUCACUGGACAUAUCCAAUUCCAACUGAAUUAAAUCUGUUUUUAUAAAAGGUUGAAACUCUCUAACGUUUUAUGGACUUGGUCUGCAAUAUACAAACACAUCAUCGGUCCAGGAUGACACAUUUUGGAAUCCAGCUACAUGAUGGGAAGACAGCAAGCAGCAAGCAUUUACACUUAAGAUAGAAGAAGAGCAAGUUUCAAAUACUAAUGAAAGGGUGGUCGACAUUCUUCAUCACUCGUCACACCUGUUUGGACAACUGCAUUGUUGGAAUGAAACAAAUAUAAUCUAAGAAUUGUUCCGAGCCCAGCGUCGUGGCUGCUUUUUCUCUGUGUGUAUGUGAAUGUGUGAUGGGUUAUAAGUGUGUAUGUUUGAUUGAAUGAUGUGUGUGUGAGUGUGUGAGUGUGUCUAUAGGUGCAUCCUGGGAGCUGACAGGAGGUUCCAGUAGGCCUGAUCAGCCUAGCCGCAGUGGAGUUCUGUUGAACCACUCACAGCAGACAUGUAUUACUUGUUUUGUUUUCAAUAAACCUUUAAAUUGG